CUAUUUGCGGCAUGUAUUUGGUCAUACUAUAACGUCCUAUGGUGUGUCUACAAUGUACACAGCAAUAUAGACAUUAUAGUAUAAUGUUAUAAACAUUUUUGAUUAUCCACCGUCCAUGACCGUUCGCGGCGGCUGCCGGUUAAGUUGUUUUUCUACUGUAGUACUGCACUAAUGCAGUAAAUUUGCCGAUUUUUCUAACUCGUUAGUUGUGAUUACUACGGGAUUCAGUGUUUUUGUUUUCUUUGUGAACUGUAUUCCAAGUGUGACACGACUGGUCAAGUUUACGUAAAAUAAAAUUUAUGGCGCACAGUGUACACUCAUCACGAGCCUUCGCGACCUGUUAUCACAUUGUACCGACACCAAAUGUAUAUUUUUUUAACUAUUAUUUUGUUUGAUUUAAACUAUUUUAAACAGUAUUAGUUUUUGAUGUUUACUAUUUUGCUGUGCCGCUGUUUGAUCUGAGGUAGUAGCUAGCCGGUUAGGUCCGUGCUUGAUACCUCCUUUGGUAGUAGGCACGCACGCUACACUGACUUGUUGCAUUCAACGUUAAGUUGUUAUUAAUUUUAAUAUUCAAUUGAUCAAUUAUAACAGUUUGAAAUUUUUCGAAGUAAGAAGCACUUGUGCAGUUGGCCAGUUUCAUGUGUACCCGAUUUAUAUGGAUGAUCUACCAUUCAAUUUGAUUUGAAUUUAAUUUGUCCGAGUCUGACUUGUUGAUGAUUUUAUUUUAUGUAUUAAGGAAAAGUAUUUCUUACCGUUUUUAAUUGAAGUGAAAUUUUCUUGUACGUGCGUCCAACUGUGUUAAAAUGUCAGAAAUUGAAAUCUCAUCUGGAAUGGACAGUGAACCAGACAUUGAUUGUAACAUGGAUAUGUUUCAACAGAUGAUAAAUUUAUGUCGAAACAAUAAAAAGUUUCCUCAGACGUAUGUUGAAGAUAUGAAUAAAAUGUACAAAAAAUGCGAUAAUAAGCAAAAAAAUUCAAAACAUUUAUGUAGUUUGGUCCUUAAAGGAAUAGAAUUAAUUUCUCCAAAGAAUAAAGAUUCUUUUCAACAUGCUGCAAAUGUUUAUAAUGCAUUAUUGCAACUAACUAAAAAAGACUGUAAUAGUUUACCGAUUGAAGAGUGUAUUGCUAGUACUUCAAAUGGUAAUGACAUUACAACUUCUGAAUUAGAGAAUGGUACAAGUAACAAUGAAAAUAGUGAAAGCGAUAAAAUAUUCAAAGAAUUAAUUAAAAAAUGUUAUCAAAAUAUAAAUUUUCCAAAUUUAAAUAUUGAAGCAAUUGAUAAAUUGUAUAACUCUCUGCCAUCUGAAUUCCUUAGUUCUAAGUAUUUUAUUAAGUUAUUAAGAGAAGCAAAUCAAGUAAUUUGGCCUGAUAGUGGUAUCGGUUUAUAUACACAUUUGGAACACAUAUAUGAUCAAUUACAGCAAUUUAAAACUUCAAUGAAGGUUCAAGAUAGCAGAAUGUUUGGUGACAAUGAAGAAAUGAGCAGAAAGAAAUCAAUACAGCUAAAAAAACUAAAAACUGCAUUGAAGGUUAUCCGAAAGAAAAUUAAAAUGCUGGAUGAAGAAGAAAUGGAUAUAAAUAAUGAUGAUGAAUUUAGUUCUGAUUCCGCGUAUUUAUUAAAAGACAAAUAUGAAAAAAGGAUUGUUGAAAUUUAUAAACGAAUGUGCAAACUAAAUAAUGAACCAGACUUUUUAGAAGAACCUAUAUUGCGUUUUAAAGCAACAAAUGACAGCUUGGUUAAUAAAACCAUUGAGAAAUGGUAUAAUAUUAAUAAAACAUUUCCAGAUUAUUUUGAAAUAUAUACAUUAUUAAAAUGCUUACAAGAAAAAAAAAAUUUAAAAUGGACUGAAACUGAAUUGAAAAAUAUUUCACAAGAUGCGUUUCUUAAGCUUGGGAAACAAUUAAAGCUUCAAAGACUGAAUGAUUAUUUUGGUCGUCUGGCAAAUGCUAAUAUGAUGAAAGAUCCAGCAGAAGAAAAUGAAGACCUUAGAAAGAAACUUGAUGAAAGUAACAAAAAGUUACAUGCAGAUUUGAACAUGUUGACCAAAAAGUAUGAAAAUAAACAAAAUUAUGCAGAAGAAACAGAAGGGUCUAAUCUUAAUGAUACAGAAUGUGAAUAUAGUUCAGAAAAUGAAUAUACUGAUGACGAUAGAAAAUUAAAUAAAAAGGCUCAACCCCUAUUAAUGAAACGGAAAAGGGUAUCAGAAUCAGAAUUAGAAUCAGAAUCAGAAUCAGAAUCGGAAUCAGAAUCAGAACAUGAUAAACGACCAAAAAAGAGUCUGAAAACUUUAUACAUGGAGUCAUUUAAUUUAGCGCCAAGUGGUGUUACUUCAAAAACAAUACAAAAUGAGAUAAAUGAAGAAAUUGUUACUGAAAAAGUUCCUAGUCAAAUGACAGUUAUAGACAAUAUUGAUAAUACGAUAAAUAAAAACAUUAGUAUUGAUAUAGUAAAAGAUUCUGAAAAAAUACCAAAAAAUACUAAUGUUAUUAUGUCAAAUAGUGAAACAAAUAAUGUUAACAGAGAAGCUUCUUCCAACAAAACAACUAUAAUUGAUAAUGUUGAUGAUUUAACAAAUAAAAAAAAUAAAAUCUAUAUUAAAAAGGUUUCUGAAGAUGUUUUGAAAAUAGUUGAUGCUAAUACCGAUGAAAGUAAUAAUUUAGUCACAGAACGAUCUCUUGCGGAUACUGAUGCAGAUGGAAUCCUUGUGAUUGAUGAAGCUAUUAAAGUUAAGAAUGGAACAGUUACCAAAGAACCAUUGGAAAAUAAAAUUAGAGAAGUAGAUAGUGAAGAAAGUGCUAUGAAUCAUAGUACUAUAUCUAUUGAUAGUGAAGUUAAAAGUCCAAUUGAAGGAAUUGAGCCUGAAGUAAUAAUAAACGAAUUGCACAAAGAUAAAGAUUCUUCAAAAGAUGUAAUUGAGAUCAAUGAACUUGAUUCAGAUUUAGAAAUAACUUGUGAAACACCUAAAGUCCCUGUUCAAAAUAAGAAGUCACUACAAAAUAUUAUAGAAUCUUUGAACUUUGAUAAGCAGUAUUCAUGGAAGAAUAAUUCAAAGAAUGUUAAUUCUUCACCAUCUCCUCGUACUUCACAUCAAAAUCCAAAUAAUUCAAACCAGAAUUUGAACCAAAAUUUUGUCAAUUGUUGGAUUAUAAACAAUGUACGACCUUCCAGACCAAAUAGCACAAACAAUGUACGACCUUCUAGACCAAAUAGCACAAACAAUGUACGACCUUCUAGACCAAAUAGCACAUACAAUGCGCCUAAUAUCAAAAAUAAUAAUAGAUAUCAAAGGAUGCAGUCAACUUCUAUUCAAAAUAAUGUACAAACCGCAAGACAAUUCACUCAACGUAUUUCAAAUACAGUUCAACAACAAAGAAAUGUAAUGAAUAAUCAAUCAGUAUUACGAGAACAAGUAACAACCAUGACUACAACAACUACAGUUCGACAAAUAGUUCAGAAGAAUCAAGUCCGCCGUCCCACUAUAACUAAUAAUGGUAAAAAACCUGAACUUAUAGAACUUGAUUAGUGUUUAAUGAUAUAAAUAUAAUCUUUAUGAUAUAUUAUAAUAUUUUUAUUUUCAAUGUUAGUUCUCAAAAAAAAAAAUACUGUACUACCAGAUUGUUCCAAAAUGUUAUUUAAA